GUUGGUGUAGACGAGCUUGCCAGCAGUGGAAAAUUUGAUAAGUCUAUCAUUCUCGCUUUGAAAGCAGCCAAGUUCUUGAACUUGACUCCCGUCCAGCAGAAAUCCUUGGUUCCGAUCUUAGAGGAAGACGGUAUAGUCGUCAGAGCAAAAACCGGUACAGGUAAAACUUUGGCAUUUGUCGUUCCCACUCUUCAGACUUCGCUCGAGGUAUUUGAUAGACGUAGAAAGGGAGUUUCGACGUUGGUUAUUGCUCCUACUAGAGACUUAGCUCUCCAGAUAGAAUCAGAAUACAAGAAGGUUAUCAGCAAGCUUCCAAGAAGUUUGCAACAAAAUGCCGAUAUUCUUGUUCUCACUGGUGGUAAGAGAACCAGCAUCAAUGUCAGAGACCCUCCUAGUAUUGUUGUCGCUACUCCCGGAAGAUUGUUGGACCAGUUGUCUAACCCCAAGAAGGCUGCUGUAUUCAAGAACUUGAAGUACAGAGUAUAUGAUGAAGCAGACAGACUUUUGGACGUAGGAUUCGAGCAGACUUUGGGAGAUAUCGAUGAUAUUCUUGUACAAAAUGCCCCUGACGGUUUCAAGUCGAUCUUGUUUUCCGCCACUAUCGAUGCUGAUGUAGACAGUUUUGCUCGUCAGCACAUCUCUGAGAACUACAAAUACAUCAACUGUGUCAGCGAACAUGAACCGGAAGCACAUGAAAACAUCCACCAGUCGUUGAUUACUUGUAAAGACUCUACUGACGUAUUCAAAACUUCCUUUUCUUAUAUUGCUAAUCACUUGCAACACAAGGUUCCAUUCAAGUGUAUGGUUUUCUUACCCACAGUAGCCAGCACUGAGUGGUUCUACCAGUCAUUGGUUCGCGGUGUUGACAAUGGAGUAUUUGAUGCCAGACCUCUGUCUUUUGUCAGAUUGCAUGGUAAGAGAACACAAUCUGCUAGAGAUAAAGUAGUGGGCCAGUUCCGCAGAAUGCAAAGCGGUAUCAUGGUAUGUACUGAUGUUGCAGCCAGAGGUUUGGACUUCAAUGAUGUCACACACGUGAUGCAACUUACUCCAAGUGUCUCAGUAGCUGAUUACAUCCAUAAAGUAGGAAGAACUGCCAGAGCUGGCAAGGAAGGUAAAGCUAUUCUUUUCCUCACCAAGAAUGAGAUGAAAUACAGUACAAUCUUGAGAAAGGAAAGAGGUGUCAACUUCGAAGAAGUAAUUGAAGCUGAAGACAUCGAAAAGCCACAUGAAGACAUUCUUGACUUAGUUCGCAUUAACGAAGAAGAAAUUGAACUGUUCAUAUCGACUUAUCUUUCAUUCCAGACGCAAGUUGCUCAAAAGCACAGAUUUGAUUCCCACAGAGCCAUUGUCGAUAUAAUGGAGCUUUACCGUACAAUCCUUUCCCAACCAGAUGCCACUAUGCAA